GAAAGAGUCGGCAACUCGGUAAGUGUGCAACGUAAGUUGGCAGAAGAAGAGCCCAAAACAAUACCAGUGUCAUCAAUAAACCGCAAACAAAAUCAAACAAACAACCGAUACUUUCGUCUUGCAAAAAUCCAUCUUUCCAUUUUCUCUUCAUUAAUACUUACUCAUUAAGCAAAACAAAAAAACGGUGGUAUAAAUCUAUGUUGAGCAUCUCAUUCUUCUUCCACCACUCUUCUUCUUCUUCAUCUCUCCUUUUUCUUCUCUUUUUCUCUCUCCUAAUAUUCCAACGAUCAAAAGGGUAUUGCUCUGAUUUUGAAUCUCAACCUUCUAUGGCUACUCUCGGUGGUUUGCGCGAAUCUCAAGGUGUUUCCAAUGAUGCUGAGAUUGAAAACCUUGCUCGUUUUGCCGUUGAUGAACACAACAAGAAAGAGAAUGGAAUGCUGGAGUUCGCAAGGGUUAUAAAGGCAAAGGAACAGGUGGUUGCGGGCACGUUGCACCACUUCACCAUCGAAGCCAUCGAUGCCGGUAAGAAGAAACUGUAUGAAGCAAAGGUAUGGGUGAAGCCAUGGUUGAACUUUAAGGAGCUGCAGGAAUUCAAGCAUACUGAGGAGUCCCCUGCUGCAUUCAGUUCUUCAGACCUUGGUGCUAAUAGAGAAGGGCAUACCCCAGGAUGGAAAGAUGUGCCUGUCCACGACCCUGAAGUGCAAAAUGCUGCACAUCAUGCUCUCAAGACCAUUCAGCAAAGAUCCAACUCUUUAUUCCCAUACGAACUGCAAGAAGUUUCUCAUGCAACGGCUGAGGUUGUGGAAGAAACUGCUAAGUUUAACCUGCACCUCAAAGUGAAGAGAGGAGAGAAGCAGGAGUCUUUCAAUGUGGAGGUGCACAAAAACAGCGAAGGCAACUAUAACCUUAAUCAGAUGGGCAACAUUGAGCCUGAGUUCGAGAAGAAGGAUUGAGUGUUGGAGAUCCACAGCUGACUUGGUUUGAGUGUAAUAAUCUCGACUUUUGUGGUAGUGGUACCGUCGUAUUUCAAUGUAUGUCUUUAAUUAUGUAUAAUGAAGAUUGCUUUCUUAUUCUCUGUUCUUUUUAUCUUAAAAGAGGGGUUACACUUCCAACUUACAAAUCUUUAGAUUACAGCAUUAGGUAUACAUACCACCUCUGUUUUAUAUUAUGCGUAAUAUUUACAAAAAAAUGGUUGUUAUA